AUGAAUAGGCGACUUUUAGCGCUGCUUGGCGUGGUAGCUUUAACACAUAGGACGUUGGCUGCUACCACGUGCCCUGUGUUGGUGCAAUCAAAGACCACGUCAACGCUUAAAGACCCUAUUGUGAAGGUGAUAACCCUUAUACCUAACGGUAGCACUAGUAGUACUAGUAGUAUUUCUAGUGGUAGUAGUAACCAUGACUUGACGUCGUCUUACACUGGUUCCGGUUCAGACUCGGACUUGCUAAACGUUGAUGGUAAUAAAACUGAUCAGAAUGUUGACGUGGAUAGCAGUUCAUCCGGUACCCCAACGUCUGUGACUGUCGGCGAUAUCUCCACGGAUACGACGCUCACAGGUAGUGACAAUUCAGCUGUUGACUCUUUGCCAACGACGACAACUACCGACACUACUCCGUCGUCCGCGUCCAACACUGCGGCGACGACUGAAGCGACGGCGAAAGCAACCAGUGAAGCAACUACUGAAGAGACGAAUAAAGCAACAACUGAAGCAACGACUAAAGCGACGCUGCCCGUUGUGACAACGCCUACUGCCAGUACUGAAAGUGCGUCCGACACAACGACGAUAAAAGCGGAUUCAUCACCUUCUGCUACUGCAACUACAGCGGCGAUCUCGGCAUCGUCGGGAUCUUCGAACACUGCAGCGGACACCACUGCCUCCCUAUCAGUUGGUGCCCGUAAAUUGCAGGUUAGAAGUACAACCCCAACUACAGCUAUUGACCCGGCUACAAAAACGACCGCUACAGCAGAAACAGCGGGAACAAUUGCAACGACCGGAACGAAUACCACGACCGGAACGAAUUCCACGACGAGUAUGACGACGGAAUCGACUUUGCCGUCUCCAACGACAGAAUCGUCUCUGAUGUCUCCAACGACGGCAGGUUCUAGUUCGGGAACUGAUGUGGUUGGCUCUACUACGUCAAGCUCAGACAGUCUAUCUUGUGACAGUUCAUUUUACUCGAAAUGGGACACUCUGGGUCUACAGUGCGGUGGCUUAGGUAUUAAUGUGGCUUUGGCCGUGUCGGCUUCGAGCUGCGUGAUCUACAGCGGCAAUGCGGGUGGUGUCUCUGGCUCGACAUGCGUUUCAAUCUGCUCAUUUCCUGCAUGUACGGACAACGCAUGGGUUUAUGGUGCCGAAAACGGCAUUUCGUCGUCGGUGUACAAUGGUUUGAGCGUUGAAGCGUUCCUCCCGAGUGAUGUGAUUGCGGCCAUGGAGGAGCGCUCGUCGACGGUGUCGACGUUCUUGUCGAAUUCGACAAUGUCUGAUUCAGAGCAAUGUGCGUAUUCGUCAGAGAACUCUUUUUCGUCGUGCUCAUGCUCAGCUUUGCUUGUGGAUAUUUCGAGCUCCGGAAGUCUUGCUGACGCAGCAAAGAAGGAGCUGCGUCAGAACAAUGAGGCUGUUGGUGUCAUAACAAAGGAUGACACGACCAGCGCUGGAACGGUGGUGGCGGCUACGUCUAAGAGUGUUGCUGGCGUGACUGUUGCAGUCACUAGCAUCGCUGCAAUUGCCAGUGCGGCUGUAGGCGGAGUCAGCUCCGCGGGUGCUUCACUCGCUGCCGCCGGCUCUACGAUGGCCAUCACAACUGUAGAGAUUUGCCAGUUUGGUGUUCUUAUUAACCAGCUCCAGCUUGACGGCAAGUCGUCGGCUUUGGCCCAGUUUGGUAAGGCGAUGGCCCCUGCAACGUUCACGUUCUUGCCGUUCGGUAAACUUGACAAAGCUGAAUUGGAUAGCAUCAGCUUGGGUAGUGACAGCUCGACUGAAGACACAGCUGGUCGUCGGCUGUCUAGCUCCAGCGGUAGCAAGAGCUCCACUAGCACGAGUCAGCUUACUGGUAUCGAAAAAUACUCUCGCCAGCUGAACAUCCAGGAAGACAUGCUAUUUAUCGUGACGUUGGCUGGUGUUUUCUGCGUGAUGGCCUGCGUUGUAGGCCUAUUUGGCAUUGGAUAUCUGCUUGCUGGCCUACUGAUGCCCCGUGAAGAGUAUUUAACCAAAUUUUUUGACAAAAUGAUCGGUCUGGAGGUACUCGUGGCUAUUUUAUCUCAGUACACUGUUGGUGUGACGGCUACUUUCCAGAUCUACUACUCGACGAAAUACGAGAGUAUAACGGACCCAAAGUGUUUACUGGCUAUUGCUGCAAUUGUUUUUCUCGCUGCUGGAAUUCUCGUGUACGGGUACGUUGUCGUUAAGAAACACGAGGCUGACAUUGCGGACGUCGGUACAGUGCAGCACAUGAAAAAGACUGUAAACAUGCGUUACGGUCCUCUGUACGAGGAGUACAAAUUCAAGAACCGCUAUUUCUUUGCUGCUAAGAUGAUGCUUGCACUGGCAACUGGUGUGAUUACUGGCUGUGCAAGCAUGUCGGGCAAGGCACAGAUUGGUAUCAUUUUGGCGUUGAACGUGGUGUUUUUUUUCUAUUUGGAAAUCCAGUCGCCACACCACUCGAAGUUCGUUCAGACCACCACGAGUUUUGUGUCUAUCAUGAAAAUUGCCGUGCUCGUGCUGACGUUUUUUCUGGUCACUGCUGCAACUAGCGAUGGCUUUCCAACCAGUCUGCAAAACGGCAUUUCUGUGGCCAUUGUAGGUCUCAAUCUGUUCGUAUUGGCUUUGCUUAUGAUCAGGUCGCUGUACACGUUCUGGCAAAAGCUAAAGCUGCAGCGUAACGCUGCGUAUGACCAAGAAGAGCCGACCGCGCAGGACUACUUUAAAGACGAAACGCCCGCUGGACAGAAGGAUCGUACUAUUAGUAACGCACAGCACCCUUCUGGUCUACCAGUUUUCCAGUCCCAGUACCCGAACGUGAACAAUGAUAACAACAACCCGUACGUCCAGGGUAAUGCCGUGGAUUACAAUACUGCCGACGAGAUCCGUCUACGAUCAGCCACUCACGAGAAUAACGCCCGGCAGCAGACAUACGACGCAAGUGGACCAUGCGGCUGCCAAUCACUACAUUACGGAAGAUCGAAACAUGUACGGCCAGCGUCGUAA